AUGGGGCCCAACCACGCAGCUGCCGCUUCCAUUACCUUCCCCCUAAGGCACCUGUGUCUGGUAGAGCCAUUAUUAAAUAAAGAAGUUAGUGAUUUGGCCCAUGACCCUCCAGCACAAUGUUCUGCAGGUCCAGUUGGGGAUGAUGUGUUUCAUUGGCAAGCCACAAUUAUGGGACCUAAUGACAGUCUAUAUCAUGGUGGUGUAUUCUUUUUGACAAUUCAUUUUCCUACAGACUACCCCUUCAAACCACCUAAGGUUGCAUUUACAACAAGGAUUUAUCAUCCAAAUAUUAACAGUAAUGGCAGCAUUUGUCUUGAUAUUCUAAGAUCACAGUGUUCUCUUGCUUUAACUAUUUCUAAAGUUCUUUUAUCCAUUUGUUCACUGCUAUGUGAUCCAAACCCAGAUGACCCCCUAGUGCCAGAGAUUGCACGGAUCUAUAAAACAGACAGAGAUAAGUACAACAGAAGAUCUCGGGAAUGGACUCAGAAGUAUGCCAUGUGAUGCUACCUUCAAGUCAGAAUAACCUGCAUUAGAGCUGGAAUAAACUUUAAAUUACUGUUCCUUUUUUGAUUUUCUUAU